AUGGCGCAAAUGGUCAGGGUGUGGUUCGAGCUCGUUGAUCGCCAAGGUGGCCAGGUGGCCACGCUAAGAUAUGUGGAUCUAGCGCCAGAUACCCCGCUUGCCGUGUUCAAGAAUGCUGCCCGCGGUGCUGCCGAAGCUGUACUCCCCACAGAGCUCGACACACCCGACCUUAAAGUGUUUGCCAACGCGAAGGCGCGGCAAGACCAGACGCUUUUGGAGGAGCUGAAUGGCUCGGCCCCUAUCCCGGAGACUGCCACCGUCGAGCGUCUACUAGUUGCUCUGAAGAAGAGGUUCAAUGACAAUUACCUCGAUGGGGUUGAUGUCUUCAAUCUCCACGCGUACGACCACGAGAGGAACCCGUUGGAGGAGACAGCGCAGCUUGGUCUGUUCGGUCUCACAAGGAGCACCGCGAUCAUCGUAGAAGUCCCAGCGCGCACAAGAUUCCGAGAGGAGACAGAGCGAGAACUUGACGAGGUCGCGAGGAAACGGCGCAAGAGUGAUCCUGUUACGAAGUGGAAAUGGAAAGAGGAGGAGGAUCCAGUCUACAGUCUUGAUGAAGGCACAUUGUAUUUCGUAAACCGUGAUCGCGCCACCCGAGAGCUGGUACGCCUUCACAAAAGCAAUUACAACCGUGCAAAGCGCGGUUACGGCGACGUGUGGAUGAUUCCUUUGCUGGACAACAUAUCUGGGAUCGGAAAGUCGCAGUUCGGCCGGGAAUACAUUCGGAGUUGCCGACGGCAAUGGGAUGGUUUACCAGCAUCGGAUACAGAUGGAGACUUUCUGAACAUUAUACGUCAGAGCCACACCAUUGUAGUCAAUUUUUCUCCGGAGCAUAUACUGCGUGAAGACAUGAGCUUUAACGUGGAGAAGGCUCGCGGGAGAUUCGUUACAUCCAUUCACGCAUUCUUCGUGGAAAACUAUGGCACUACACCCCUUGCUCUCGAUUCGAUUGAAGCAUACCCAGAUCACGUGGAUAUUUUGACGAAAUUAGCGAUCGAAGCUGGUCCGUUGUUCGUCGUGAUUGAUGAUAUUGCUUUGGCUUUUGAUGCCCCCACCCUUGAUGUUCACGCCAGGAAAAGUCGAUUCAUGGAAUUCUGCCGCACGGUCCUGCGGCCAUUGGUUUCAGUGAAACAUUUAUUUUUCCUGGUUGCAGGUCGCAUAACCUUUCUGAACCACGCUAAAUCGGAACCAGCUACCGGGUUUGUUGUUUGGAGGCUGAGCCUAAGUUUGCUUCGAUCACCUGAGAUUCAAGAGAUCAUUAAGAAAACCUAUUGGGACAAGAAACAGGUGAAGACUAUCCAGGAGCAGUUUAAACUUGAUGGAAGCCAGAUUUCUCAUCAUCUUGCCAAAGCAACGUUUGGUCGUCCAGGGUUGCUGAUUGAUGCCUUCACAAAAUGCCAAACCUACCAAGAACUGGCUGGAUAUGAGACGACUGGCGAACCGGACGCAGAUUUCAACUGGCAGCACCUAGGCGAAUGCGUGCUGCGUUACAAGGUGCCGCUUCGCGAAAUGAUGGAGUGUGCAGUGGAUAACACAAGAAAGUCGGUGAACUUGUCGAAGCAGUGGAGAGAUCAGCGAGGCGAAAUAUCGUACAUCGACAUCGCCGACAUGUUUGGUAUUGCCUGGGAUGAAGACUUUAAAAGUGCCAAGUUGUUUAUGCCACCAUAUAUCCAACACGCGAUUACGAUCUCUGCCUACUCGUUAUGA